AUGAUGUUCGCCAAAAAAGCAUCAACAUUGGGGAAUAUUCAGAAUCAAUGCAACGAGGAAGUACCUGACCCCAUCCGGUCCCGUGCUGAACUAAUUUAUUCCCUAGGGUCCACCAGGGACCCUGAAUCGCCGCAGCCUCUCCCCGAAACUCGAUCGGAUACAGCCUCUGACACCAAACCAGAUUCCACACCAGGAAUCAGCAAACCAUGAGGUGAUGAAGGGCGAUCCACAAUAUUCACUCCGAUAGCCACAAUACGGGGAGGAACCUUGCGUGGGCUUCCGAACUCGGGUUUUAUUCAUCGAGUCCCUGGACCUCAAUAUCGAGGAUCCCCAUGCACACAGAGAGGCAAUCAGGAAGCGACAGACGGGGAAUAACGAGACAAUUACCUCCCCUAGCAACCUUGUUGACUCUCUUAGCGUCCAUGCGAAUUCCCUUGAUACCCCCUUAACACAUAUUACGGUUCUAUCUGGCCCCAUCAAACUCCUAAGGAACAGUUUCAUCAGCACCUUCAAGCGAGAUAAGCUAGGAAGUGCAACAGAGGAUGACUUGGGAAUAAUUAGGACGAGCGGCGAUUAG